CUAACCCCUUAGCACCGAACAUGGAUGACUCUUGCUUGGCCAAAAUUGGUGGUGCCGGAAAACGGAAGAGGAAGGGCAAACAGCCUGUUCUGUCCCAGAUUUCUGAUUUGACCCAACCGGCCGUUCAAAACACGGUUCAGGUGAAACUCAUCCGAUUGAGCAUUUGUACCAAGAUCAGGCGAUGAUGGUGGACCCAUCGUUUGAGCCCACACAACCCGCUCUUAUCUUUGCCGAGCAUGUGGAUUCAGUGAUGGGGGCGAAUACUGAGGCCGAGAAGGCUUUCAUCUCUAAGCGUUUGGAGCGGAACACCCCUGCGGACCCCAUUCAUGAUGUCCUGGAACAUGGGGGGUGUUCGGCGAGCCAGGUCUGGGGCGCUUCCGACUUCAUUAAUGAAUUUGUUCUUCCGCCCUUGUCCGUUGAGGAUGUUGAGCAGGGACUUUCGUUGGCGGCCUUAAAGGUCAGUCUGUAUGGGAUGCAACUUCGGAGCGCCCGUAAGGCGAGAGAGCAACAUCUCUACGAUGCACGAACCACAACAGAGCAGACUACGACCGAAGUCAUCCAACUGGCCGACCAGGAAAGGAAGAAGCUUGAACAGGAGCUGGGCCAGCUCCAGGUGGAUAUUUCUGCAGCUUAGGCCAAGGUGGCGGCUGGUGAGGCUGUUCAGAUCACUUUUUAAGAAAGCGAGUCUCAGAUCCCAAAUGGCCCGCAGGAAGUGAGUGUGGACUUAUCAGUCGUACAUGCUGCGUACCGAUCCUCUAAAGAUUUCACCAAGUCCACCGAUGAGUACGCCUAGGAUCACCUUUUCUGAAUCAUUCGGGCAGUUCCUAAAGCAAUUCCCCUGGCCCCAUCAUCGCAAUAAGGGCAUUGAGUUGGCUGAUAAGACCAUGAUCGCCAAGAUGUGGGCCAACUAUGUGGCUAGGCAAACUUACAACACUAGGUGCCAGCAUAUCCUGUGGGCCAUGGUGCCGGUUAUGCAACAAUUGGUGGGAAAACCGGUUGUCAUGCGUGAUUACUCCGAUAAUGGCAUCCUCCUGGGCCAGGUUCGAAAAUACGAGCGAGAUUUGAAGUGGGCCGCCGAUCACGGAGCUGCUCUGGAGCGGGAACCCUUGACUGAAUCGGAAGAUGAAGAUGAGAAUGAUGUCGAGGAAGAGGAUGCCGAUCAGUACAAAUGGGUUGUAGUGGUUUUUUCCCCUUUAUAAUUACAAAAUUGUUUUUGCUGUAAAUCCCGAUCAGUAGCGCCGAAGAGUAAAGGUGGCUUUUUGCUUAUCUAUCCAACUUUCGUUUACGCAAUGCCCUUUUUUCCCUCUUGGCUUUAUCAUUCAUAAGGAAUUC